AGCAGUAUUGGGUCUGAUCAAAGUAACUCUUUAUUUGGUGCAGUUUAGUCUCCUCUCUCAAGGAGAAUAUUCAACACAAUUACCAAUAACAGACAUGAAGGUCGAUUUGCCGUGCAUGGAUCAUAAAAGGAGUGGUCACAGAGGGACAAUCGCUAUAAGUGGAAGUUUCCUAACUUCUGUAUUUAAGUACACCUUUGCCUAAGAACGCAUUAGUGCAACACUGUUGUUCAUUUAGAACUAACCCUGCCUGUUGGCUGUGGAAAACCACCUACUGCUCUCGGAGAUGAGGUUCACAAGAUACAUCACGAUGAUCCAGUUGGAAAUGCUGCUGAAUGUCAUCUUUGUUUCGGGUGGGGAGGGACUCUGUCUUCCAGACCUUAAUGCAUCUAUGCCAACCCAGAUGGCGGCAUUGAGUGACACUUGUUUGCAAAUUCCAUGUUCAUUUGAUUUAGUACCAUCAAAUCUACUCGAUAAAAAAAAUAUAUAUAUUGGUUUAUGGCUAAAAUCGACUCACCAUUUUGGGCCUCAUCCAGAAAGUGUGGUUUUCAACGGUAGCAAAACCAAUAAUAUAUAUCCAAUUAGUAUCAUUGGGAAUAUGAGUGAAUACAACUGCACAACCGUUUUUACAAACAUGAAAUCAAGUUAUGCUGACGUGUAUUACUUCAGAGUUGAAAGAAGUUACAAGUCAACUGACAUCUGCAAUCCUCUUACAAUCACAGUUAAAGAUUCAGCCCCAGCACCCUCCAUACAGACCCUCCCGGAGGGACCACUAACGGAGGGGAGCAGGGUAACGUUCACCUGCAGGGCCAUCGCACCCUGCCCCACCCAGCCGCCUCACCUGAGCUGGAGCCAGUCAGGAGGCCCUGAGGGCCGGCUGGAACCGCACGGAGACCAAGAGCCUAACGUCAGGACCCGGCGGCUGAACAUCACUCUGUCGGACCGACAUGACGGGGUCCGCCUCACCUGUCUGGUGGAGUAUCCUGUAAACGACCCAGCAGGCGGGCCCAGCAAGAAAACAGCAGAGAGCGUUGUGACGCUCAAUGUUUCCUAUUCCCCGAAGGAUACCCAGGCCUCCGUCAGCCCCCCCACGGUGUCGCUGGGCAGUGUGGUCAACCUGACGUGCACCAGCAGAGCCAACCCCCCCGUUCUCCGGUUCACCUGGUUCAGGAGCAGUGCGGAGGGACCCCUGAACGUGUCAGAUGGAUCUUUGUACAGCUUCAAUGUGUCCAGCUCCAGAGGAAUCUACUACUGCGUGGCCACGAAUCCCUUGGGAAACCAAACAUCAAAAGAGAUUACGCUAACUAUCAGCUGUGAAAGCGUUGGAUUGAAUGUCCCUCUGAUAGUGAGAUUCUUAAUCGGUAUUGUCUUCCUUACUGGUCUGAUCAUCUCUGUCCUGUGGUUCCUGAAGAAACCUUCAACACAGCAACCGAACAAACCCUACUUGUUGGCUGUGGAAAACCACCUACUGCUCUCGGAGAUGAGGUUCACAAGAUGCAUCACAAUGAUCCAGUUGGAAAUGCUGCUGAAUGUCAUCUUUGUUUCAGGUGGUGAGGGAUCCUGUCAUGCAGCCCUUAAUGCAUCUAUGCCAAACAAGAUGGAGGCAUUGAGUGACACUUGUUUGCAAAUUCCAUGUUCCUUUGAUUCCGUACCAUCAAAUCAAUUCGAUAAAAGCAAACCCAUUUGGGGUGUAUGUUUCAAAUCGACCACCGAUUUUAAAGAUGUGGUUUUCCAAAGCAACAUACAAGAUAAUAUGUAUCCAAUUAGUAUCAUUGGGAAUAUGAGUGAAUACAACUGCACAACUGUUUUUACAAACAUGAACUCAAGUUAUGCUGACGUAUAUUACUUCAGAGUGGAAAGCACCAGUUUCAGGGCAACUGACCCCUGCUAUCAUCUUACAAUCACAGUUAAAGAUUCAGCCCCAGCACCCUCCAUACAGACCCUCCCGGAGGGACCACUAACGGAGGGGAGCAGGGUAACGUUCACCUGCAGGGCCAUCGCGCCCUGUCCCACCCAGCCGCCUCACCUGAGCUGGAGCCAGUCAGGAGGCGCUGAGGGCCGGCUGGAGCCACACGGAGACCAAGAGCCUAACGUCAGGACCCGGCGGCUGAACAUCACUCUGUCGGACCGACAUGACGGGGUACGCCUCACCUGUCUGGUGGAGUAUCCGGUGAACGACCCAGCAGGCGGGCCCAGCAUCAGAACAGCAGAGAGCGUCGUGACGCUCAACGUUUCCUAUUCCCCGAAGGAUACCCUGGCCUCCGUCAGCCCCCCCACGGUAUCGCUGGGCAGUGUGGUCAACCUGACGUGCACCAGCAGAGCCAACCCCCCUGUUCUCCGGUUCACCUGGUUCAGGAGCAGUGCGGAGGGACCCUUGACGUGUCAGAUGGCUUUGUACAGCUUCAAUGUGUCCAGCUACAGAGACAUCUACUACUGCAUGGCCACGAAUCCCUUGGGAAACCAAACAUCAGAAGAGAUUACACUAACUGUCAGCGGUGAAAGCAUCGAGUUGAAUGUCCUUCUGAUAAUUGGUGGAUUCUUUGGUACCGUCUUUAUUGGUCUGAUCAUCGGUGUCCUGUGGUUACUGAAGAAACCUUUAACACAGCAACAGGAGUCUAAAGGGCAAAACAACGUUAAGGACAUCUUUGAAGCUGUGUCAGAUGCAAUUGACAAGAUGGGACAUAACUUGGAUAAGCUGUGUGGAGCAACAACGGAUGGGACUCCAGCAAUGGAAGGCGCGCACAAAGGAAUGGCCUCUAGGGUGUGCUCCAAGGUGCAAGGGAGUGGAGAAGAGGAGAUCAACUACGGAGAGAUCGACUUUGCCAAGCGAGGUGCUGUGCAGAACCCAGGCCUGGUGUUCCCCCAGGGGGAGGAGCAGACCUCAGAGUACAUUGAGAUCACUGGUCAACAGGCUAAGAACACACAGAUCAGGGCUGAACUGGAGAGGAGCUGA